UCCAGGCCAGAGAACGCUCCCACCACCAGUGUGUGCCCAGUCGGUCCCACGAGCAGGCAGGUGUCCGUGGCUUCUCUCUGCCUCAGGGAGACAAACCUCCUCCUGCACGGCCAGCCCUGGCCACACCCGUGUUCCCAGUCCCCCCCGCCCCAGGGUGGGCUCCUCAGACCCUGGGGGCCGUGGCUCUCGCCUCUCCGCAGAGUUAACCCUCCUCGAGGUGCAUCUCCGCCUGAGUCUCUCUUCCCUGCCCCGAGAGCCCCCGCCCCGCCACCGGGCACUCUGGUGGCACUUCCAUCUGCCAUUGUGAGCUGACCCCCGUCGCCACCUUCCAUCUAUUUCGGGGGUUAUUUCGUUUCCAUCUGCCUCCCCGCCUGAAGGCAAGAGCCGUGCCUGCCUUUAAUCACCACUGCAUCCCAGCCUGCAGCCCAGAGCCUGGGACGCAGUGGGAGCCAGUGAUGCUUGCUGAACGAAUGCGUGAACGGCCGAAUGCCCAGAUCUGCAUGGGGCACCUGCGCGUGUGCCUUGGGGGGCGGGUGUUGGGGGGCGAGGUUGCAGGGUGUGCUUUGCUGGGCGUGUGUGGGGUCAUGCAGCACGGGGGCUGUGCCCCUGAGCCAGUGUGGGUGCAGGGUGCAUGUGCAGGGCAGCAGUUGCGAUUCAGCGUUGCCGCGACCCCUGACCCGCAGGCCUCACGGCGGGUGCCCAGGAUGAUGUCCUACGGAGAGGGGCUGGGGAGCCCCGCCAUGUCCCCGCUCCCCGUCCACAGGGGCCACGUGAUGCGAGGGGCCGCCUUUGCCUACGUGCCCAGCCCGCCGGUCCUGCACAGGAUCCCAGGGACCUCUGCCUAUGCCUUUCCCAGCCUGGGCCCCGUGGCCCUCGCCGAGCACGGCUGCCCCUGUGGGGAGGCCCCGGAGCGCCGCGACCCGCUGCCUGCCAAGCUGGCCCUGGAGGAGGAGCAGAAGCCAGAGCCGGGGCUGAUCCCGAAGCUGCUGCGGGGGGCUGGCGCCACGCUGCUCAAGGUGCCCCUGAUGCUCACCUUCCUCUACCUCUUCGUCUGCUCCCUGGACGUGCUCAGCUCGGCCUUCCAGCUGGCUGGAGGGAAGGUGGCCGGCGACAUCUUCAAGGACAAUGCCAUCCUGUCCAACCCGGUGGCGGGGCUGGUGGUGGGGAUCCUGGUGACCGUGCUGGUGCAGAGCUCCAGCACCUCCACGUCCAUCGUCGUCAGCAUGGUCUCCUCUGGCUUGCUGGAGGUGAGCUCUGCCAUCCCCAUCAUCAUGGGCUCCAACAUCGGCACCUCCGUGACCAACACCAUCGUGGCCCUGAUGCAGGCAGGGGACAGGACUGACUUCCGGCGGGCCUUUGCGGGCGCCACGGUGCACGACUGCUUUAACUGGCUGUCAGUUCUGGUGCUGCUGCCCCUGGAGGCUGCCACGGGCUACCUGCACCACGUCACUGGCCUCGUGGUGGCCUCCUUCAACAUCCGUGGUGGGCGCGACGCUCCCGACUUGCUCAAAAUCAUCACGGAGCCCUUCACAAGGCUCAUCAUCCAGCUGGACAAGUCUGUGAUCGCCGGCAUCGCCACUGGGGACGAGUCCCUGAGGAACCACAGCCUCAUCCGCAUCUGGUGCCAGCCAGACCCCACAGCGGCUCCCACCUCCACGUCCAGGCUAGAAGCCAACACCAGCCAGACCCUUGGUAAUGCCACCAUGGAGAAAUGCAACCACCUCUUCGUGGACACGGGGCUGCCCGACCUGGCCGUGGGGCUCAUCCUGCUGGCCGGCUCCCUGGUGCUCCUGUGCACCUGCCUCAUCCUCCUCGUCAAGACGCUCAACUCCCUGCUCAAGGGCCCGGUGGCCAAGGUCAUCCAGAAGGUUAUCAACACCGACUUCCCUGCCCCCUUCACCUGGGCCACGGGCUACUUCGCCAUGGUGGUGGGCGCCGGCAUGACCUUUGUGGUCCAGAGCAGCUCUGUGUUCACCUCGGCCAUCACCCCGCUCAUCGGCCUGGGCGUGAUCAGCAUCGAGCGGGCCUACCCCCUCACGCUGGGCUCCAACAUUGGCACCACCACCACCGCCAUCCUGGCCGCCCUGGCCAGCCCCAGGGAGAAGCUGUCCAGCUCGUUCCAGAUUGCCCUCUGCCACUUCUUCUUCAACAUCUCGGGCAUCCUUCUGUGGUACCCAGUGCCCUGCACGCGCCUGCCCAUCCGCAUGGCCAAGGCGCUGGGCAAACGCACCGCCAAGUACCGCUGGUUUGCCGUCCUCUACCUCCUCGUGUGCUUCCUGCUGCUGCCCUCGCUGGUGUUCGGCAUCUCCAUGGCCGGCUGGCAGGCCAUGGUGGGCGUAGGCGCACCCUUUGGGGCCCUGCUGGCCUUCGUGGUGCUUGUCAGUGUCCUGCAGAGCCGGAGCCCCUCGCGCCUGCCCAAGUGGCUGCAGACGUGGGACUUCCUGCCCCGCUGGAUGCACUCCCUGCAGCCCCUGGACCGCCUCAUCACCCGUGCCACCUUGUGCUAUGCCAGGCCCGAGCCCCGCUCGCCGUCGCUGCCCGCCAGGGUCUUUCUGGAGGAGCUGCCCCCUGCCACGCCCUCCCCCCGCCUGGCACUGCCUGCCCGCCACAGUGCCACCUACCUCUAGGUCCACACCGCUGCCUGGAGCAGGGAGGGCCUGCCCAUGGAGCCCAGGACAAAAGGGCGGAGGGGGGCGUGUGAGCAUGUGUCUGUGCCACCCUGGGUGCCAGUCUGACCUUACGCAGGUCCACAGAGGUCUGGGCAUGCAUGCAUGCGUGGGCACGUGCAAGGGUGAGUCUCUGUGUCUACGCGUCCAUGUGUAGAAGCUGGCAUUUGUGUACACGUGUGUGCCAGCCUCUGUGCACAAGCACACCUAGGGGAGGCUGUGUGCAGGGUGCAGGGUAUCGGGGCAGGAUUCUGGACCCUUUGCACCUGUGCGUGGAGGCCUGUGCCAUGUCCUCGUGCACAGGAGUGGGGGCGGGUCUGAGCGUGUGGCUGUGCAGCUGUGUGCUUGUGCAGACACAGGUGCCUGAGCCACCUCCCUGCCACCUUCCUUUCUUCACGACACCUCCUCAUCGUCACCCAGGCCUUCAGCAGCACCACCACAGCCCCUUCCCAACACUGCCUGAUGAAAAAAAAAA